AUGGCUCGUGGGAAGAUCCAGAUCAAGAGGAUAGAGAACACCACCAACAGGCAGGUGACUUACUCGAAACGACGGAAUGGGCUUUUCAAGAAGGCCAACGAGCUCACGGUUCUGUGCGACGCCAAGGUUUCUAUUAUUAUGUUCUCCAGCACUGGCAAGCUCCACGAGUACAUUAGCCCCUCCACCUCAACCAAGCACUUCUUCGAUCAAUACCAGAUGACUCUAGGCGUAGAUCUCUGGAACUCUCAUUACGAGAAUAUGCAAGACAACCUCAAGAAACUCAAAGACCUGAAUAGGAAUCUUCGCAGGGAGAUUAGGCAGAGGAUGGGAGAUUGUCUGAACGAUCUGAGCAUGGAAGAUCUCAAGCUCCUUGAGGAAGAAAUGGACAAGGCCGCCAAGGUUGUUCGUGAGCGUAAGUAUAAGGUGAUAACAAAUCAGAUCGACACCCAAAGGAAGAAGUUUAAUAACGAGAAAGAAGUCCACAACAGACUCCUGCGUGACUUGGAUGCAAGAGCAGAAGAUCCACGUUUUGCACUGAUGGAUAAUGGAGGGGAGUAUGAGUCUGUGAUUGGAUUCUCAAAUUUAGGUCCACGCAUGUUUGCCCUGACCCUACAGCCAAGCCAUCCUAGUGCCCAUAGCGGAGCAGCUUCUGAUCUCACCACUUACCCCUUACUUUUCUAGUACGCAACGCAUGCUCUCUCGGAAACACCACAUUCACUUCAUUUUCAAUAAGAGUGACUUACGUUCUGUUUAAAAUUAUAUGCAGUUUGUACUUAACCAUAUAUAUGCAUGUGUGAAUUAAAUUAUUGUAACUGAUGAACUCUUAUCUGUAUGCUAUUUAUUUUAGCCUGAUCAUACCAGAAACAUAUGACGUGAUGCUUCCUUUUAUUGAGAAAUUAUAUGCUUAGCAUGAUUA